CGGAGCGCCUCAGCCGGCCCGAGCGGCGGCAGCGGGGCCGCUCCGCGCGUUGGGUUUGCGGCUCUUGACACGCGGAGUCUGAAAUGCGAGUUUUGGCAGAGCUGGCAGCUGUCCCAAUUCCCUUGCCUGUACCUAUGCAGUUCACCUGGCUCUUGGUGACACAUCUGAUAUUGCACCAGCGAAAUACUCAGUCCUGCAACAAUACCUACAUAAAAGCUUGGCUGUAAUAAAUUAAGCUUUUAAAAAAACUCUUAUUCCUGAAAAUGGAUUUUCGAUUUGAUUUUGCUGUUGAUGAAAAUGAGAGCAGUGAGGCAGAUGCUCACUUCUUACUGCUGUGCUCCCCAGAACACAAGCAGGAAUCCAGGGAGAAGAGCAGGGGAACUGCCGAUCUUGCAGCAAAGUCCAGCCCGAAGCUGGCUGCUGCUAAGCACCAGGAUGAGGCAGCUUUGAAGAAAAACCUCUGCGUGAAAGCUGCCAAGGAGCACAGCAUUCCCCAAGAUUUCAACAAAUUAUUGGAAAAUAAAGUAAUGGAAACAGUAUUGGACCUGUCUUGUGUAAAGCUGUCUGCAGUGGAAAUGAUGUGUUCAGGGGACGCUGACAGCGAAGGCAUCGUGUCCAAAAGUGUUUCUUCUCACUCUGAUCUCAUCCCAGGAGUCUACGAAGGAGGGCUGAAAAUCUGGGAAUGCACCUUUGAUCUCAUGGACUACUUUUCUGAGGCUGAAAUAGAAUUUACCAACAAGACUGUAUUGGAUCUUGGCUGUGGGGCUGGAUUGUUGGGAAUCGUUGCUUUACAGGGUGAAGCUGCCAGAGUCCAUUUUCAGGACUACAACACCACGGUGAUCGAUGAAAUAACCUUGCCCAAUGUGGUGGCCAACUGUAUCAGCGAAGGCAGGAGGAUGGGCAGUGGCAAGGACAGAAAAGCCAGCAAGCCUCCUUCAAAGAGGCCCAGGAAAGCAGAGGGCUCACCUGAUGUGCUCAACAGAUGCAGAUUUUUUUCUGGAGAGUGGUCUCAAGUCAGCCAGCUCCUGUUAAACAGCAAACCCUGUUUGAAGUAUGAUAUAAUUCUCACCUCUGAGACCAUCUACAAUCCUGACUACUACAGUGCUUUGCAUGAUACACUGGCUCAGCUCCUGGACAGAAAUGGCUGUGUGUAUUUGGCGAGCAAAGUGCAUUAUUUUGGAGUUGGUGGUGGCAUUUAUCUCUUUGAGAAAUUCAUUGAAGACAAAAACAUGUUUAAAACCAGGAUGGUUAAAACAGUUGAUCAGGGUCUGCAGCGAUGCAUUAUGGAAAUUACCUUUAAAAAUUCCUGUUAAAAUUAAACUACUGAUCUUCCAAAAA